UAGAAUUAAAAAAAGACUUAGAUUUUAAGAAGUCCAACUUAAUUUUUCAUUUUAGCUUCUUCAUAUAUACUAGAGCUAUCUGGGAUGAUGAACUAGUAAAUCUCUCAUUGCUAAAACUAUCCUCCUCUCUCCUUUGGCAUUUACUUAACCAAUUUCGAAACAAAUAAAUCCGAAUGGCAGAUGCAGUAGUGAACUUUCUGGUGGAGAAUUUGUUGCAACUAUUAAGCGAAAAUUUAGAUCUGAUAAAAGGCGUAGACGAUGAUUUCAAAACUUUGUUGGAAGAACUGCAACGCCUUAAAGCAUUCCUUGACGAUGCUGCUAAAUUCCAUAGCGAUAGCAGUUUGUGGGAUCAAUUGGUGAAGGAUAUUCAAAAAAUGGUACAUAAAGCUGAAGAUGUUAUUGAUAAGUUUCUGGUUCAAGCGAAGCUGCAUCGGGAGAAAAAUAAGGUAGGGAGAUUCUUCGAUGUGAGUCAUCUGGCAACAGUUAGGGCUCUUGCAGCUGAAAUCAAAGACAUUCAUGAGAAGGUGAAGAAACUUCGAGAAGACAAUAAAGAAUCUUUUAGGCCUAAACCAAUUCUUGAGAUCCCUAAGAAAGAGCAUGAAGUAAACCAGGGUCCUUCUUUGGAGGAUGAUGAAGUGGUGGGGUUUGAUGAGGAAGCUAACAAAGUGAUCAAACGACUUGUUGAAGGACCGGCGGAAAGUCUGGAUAUUAUCCCAGUGGUGGGUAUGCCCGGACUUGGAAAAACUACACUGGCAAGAAAAAUCUAUAAUGAUCCUAAGCUUUCAUUUGAAUUUUUCAGCAUCCUUUGGGUUUACGUCGGUCAGGAGUACAAAGUAAAGGAUAUUUUUCUUAGGAUUCUCCAAUUCUUCACAAAACGCAUAGAAGAUCAUCUCAAUGAGGAUGAGGACACAUUAGCUAAGGUGAUAAGUGAUUUUAUGAGUAAAGGAGGAAGAUGUCUCAUUGUUUUGGAUGAUGUGUGGGAAGCAAAAGUUGUUGAUCACGUAAGGAAAGUCUUCGCAGAAAACAAAAAGGGGCAUCGAAUCAUGAUGACCACACGUGACGGAUAUCUAGCUGCUUAUGCCAAUCCAGAUCCUCAUAAUCUGAAAUUCUUGACUGAAAAAGAAAGUUUUAAACUGUUGGUAAAGAGAGUUUUUGGCAAGGGAAGUUGUCCUGAUGAAUUAGUAGAACUUGGAAAAAAAAUUGCAGGAAGCUGUGGUGGAGUACCACUUGCUGUAGUGGUAAUUGCAGGAGCACUAGGAGGUCGUUCGACUACAAAUGAUUGGCUAAGAGUUCAGAAAAAUGUGGCACAACAUCUUUUUAAAAAUAGCCAAGAGAGUUGCUUGAAAUUUGUAGAGAUGAGUUACGAUCGUUUGCCUCAAGAAGUGCAGACGUGCUUUUUAUAUUGUGGUAUCUUUCCUCGGGGCUUUGAUAUCCCUUGUUGGAAAUUGAUUCGCAUGUGGAUAGCGGAAGGGUUAAUAAAGCCCCAGCAGUCAUACACUCUUGAGGAGAUAGCAGAGUUUCAUUUGAACGAUCUUGUUCAUAGGAAUUUAGUGAUAUUGUUGCAAAAGAGGUCUGAUGGUCAAAUAAAGACAUGUCGUCUUCACGACAUGUUGCACGAGUUUUGCAGAACAAAGGCUACUAACAAAUGGCUUUUUCAAGAAAUAUGUACAACAGCUGAUAACUCUGUUCCUUCUAUACAGGACCCAGAUACUUGCCGGCGACUGUGUAUUCAACCAUCUACUCUGGAAGACUUUCUCCCCACGAAACCUUCUGCAGAACAUGUCCGAUCUUUCUAUUGUUUUUCCUCAAAGCAAAAACAAAUUGACUUGUCUCCUAAUGAAAUCAAACUCAUUCACAAAGCAUUUCCACUUAUGAGGGUCUUGGAUGUUGAAUCUCUCAAAUUUCUUUUCUCCAAAGACUUUAACCAAUUAUUUCAUUUGAGGUAUGUCGCUAUCUCAGGUGACUUUAAGGCCAUUCCUCCUACCUUUGGUAAAUUCUGGAAUUUACAAACUCUCAUACUUAAUACAAGUACCUCAGAGUCUACCCUUGACGUAAAAGCAGACAUAUGGAACUUGUUACAGUUAAGGCAUCUCCACACCAGCAUACCUGCAAAAUUACCACCACCUGCUACCAUGAAAGGUAAAACUUCUUGUCUUCAAACUCUUUCUAUGGUUGCACCAGAAAGUUGCAAGAAAGAUGUGCUCGCCAAGGCCUGUAAUCUAAAAAAAUUGAGCAUUCGAGGGCAAAUGGCAGCUUUUCUUGAAUCCAAGGGUGGAAGUGGAAUCAGCAAUCUUGAAGAGCUAAAGUGCCUGGAACAUUUGAAACUGUUGAAUGAUGUUCAUUACAUGAAUAAAACAGUUCAACUUCCUGCAGCAUUCUUCAGACUUGUACGUACAGUUAAGAAGUUAACUUUGGGAAACACAAGGUUUGCAUGGAGUGAGGCGGAAAAAUUAGGGCAAUUGGAAGCCCUUGAGGUUCUAAAGUUGAAAGAAAAUGCAUUCAUGGGUGAGACUUGGAAGCCGGAAGUAGGAGGUUUUAGCAAACUCCGGGUAUUGUGGAUUGAGAGGGCAGAAUUAGAAACUUGGGAGGCGUCGAAUCUUAGCUUCCCCAUCCUUAGGAACCUUGUUCUUGUCUCGUGUGAUAAGCUCAACGCUGUGCCACUUGAACUGGCUGAUAUACCUAACCUUCACGAGAUGAAGUUGGAGAACACAAGCAAAGCAGUCAAAUCUGCAAACGAUAUACUGCAACGUAAGAAAUCUAAGAACAUAAUAUUCAAGCUCAGCAUAUUCCCUCCUGAAGCCGAAUCCAAGACCGCACAGUGAAGUUGAAAGGAGAGACUCGGGACUUCGACCUGGGGUCAUGUGUAUGAUGUCGCAGCAUUUCAUGUUUUCUGUCGUCCAGUCAUCUGAUAAGAUUGUUCCAAUAAAGAAAACCUGUUUGUCUUUUGUGUUUUGUAAUAUUUUAAAUAAAUGUUGCUCCCUGGAGUUGUUGUUUUUCAAGUUUCUGAUCAUGUGUACUGUUUCUUUUUCAAUUGUAAGCCUGUUUGCUUCUUUAACUAUUCUGUUACAUGUGGUUGUAUUUGAUUUGUUUCAGAGUAAAACAGUUGCUUUUAUCUUUCAA